AUGAGAAGACUCUUUUCUUCAAGUAGCCUUCGGAUCGUGACUCAUUUAGCAAUACGUGGGAUUGCCACCAACGGCCGGAUCACCAACGAGGACCGACGAUGGUGGCUUAUUCACCUUGAGUGUGCCCCGGACAUCACACCGGGAACAUUUGUGUCGUGGCUAGACUGCUGUGGCACGCACACAACCAAAAAGCUUAUCGAACGCAACAUCUGGACUAUUGAACAGGUAGCUGAGCUUGAUUCCGACGAGGUCGACGAGCUAAAGUACAAAGAAGGAUGCCUGAAGAUUGAUAUAACAUGGGAGCAUGCGCGUACCAUAAUUACUCCGCUACGCCAACGAGCGCAAGGCAGCGGGGUUGAGUCGGAGCUUCAGAGCCGCAUCUUGGAAUUGCGCAAGAAGCGAGAGUUGGAGCGAAAACGUGAGGAGAUUCUGCAGGAGCGAGCUAUCAUCAGUGACAAGAGGGGUGAGAUGUUGCAGAAGUUGCGUGAGACUAUUGCAUCUAAAAAGGCCGAGCUCCGGAAAAAGAUGGCGGAAAAGCAGGCAUCUGCUCAGGCAGCCAUUUCUGGUGAUACUGGCUUAACGACAGUUGAGGACCCUCUCACGGAAGACUCGGUAGGAGCUGUGGUGGAUCGAAUGAGCAAUGCCAUUGGCGGCAACCGUCGUGAUCAACGAUAAACAGGCUUAAUGCAUUCACUAAGCAAUGCUUAGUCCGAGAAGAGUGUGCUUUGUAAGUUAGGUUUGUUUGUGAAAGGGUUAAACUGGAGGGAACCAUUACCGCCAAUGUAUUGGACAAAACAAGGCACUGGAGAUAAUUUUUUUACUAACCUCAACUUUUACCAUUUUCGUUCGUUUUGACUAUUCUAUAUGAGGGGGAAAGACUUCCAUAAACCGCAUGCCUAAAGCGUGUGUUUAACAAGACGCUCUCACAGUUAACUUCAGUGAGAAAGUGUGUUAUGCCAUAAAUAAUAGCGUCUCAACAUCAGAACAGGUGUUACGCGGCUCGGCUGUCCCUAAUUCUUGUCAUCGUACAAGACGACAUCCUGAUCAGUGUCCAUGCUAUCAUGGGAUGCUUGUGCGCAAAACAAUCCAAGUGAAGUUGUGCUUAUUUGUCGGCCUUUAGCUCACUUACGAGGAGCCUCAAAAGCCACCGUGUGAGUCAAAACUGGAGCAGCAUUGAGGGCCUUCAGAUUCCCACGUACUACGAACCUUUUUCCUGCAAGUUAAUAAUGUGGAUGAGGAAGCGAGUGAAGUGCCUGUGACUCAUGAAAAGACUCCUUGACGGAUUUGCAAUUGACGGUGUUCAUUACAAUAUCAAACUCUUUCGCCAUGUUACUAGGAUCUCGAGGUGCACCGAGGCGAACUUCUUACUAACUACCCGGUUGUUUCAUACCCUAACCGAGUUACAAAAAAAAAAACGGAUCCCAAACUCCAGGAAGCAUAUGCCGUUAUUCAACAUGUCAUCACCUGCGUCUAUUUAAGGCGUAAGUUAGUCUCAAACGAUACCGCUUCUGUAUGGAGGGGAUGGGUUUUGUUACGGUAUCCCUUGGCGUAUGACUGGAGUUUGAGUUAUUCGUUUUCGCAAAGUGAAUGCAUGAGAGGUGUUCAAAGUGGAAUAGCGUAUCCCCCGCUACAGAGCCGUUUUGCAGGGUAACCUUUGAUUUUUUAGCUUCCCUAUCACUCGUUGCUACAGUUGCAUUUGUACGUUACUUUAAUAUAAAUGCUGAAGGACACACCAGGUAUAGGGUGAAUUCAUUCUCUUAACGCUGUCAUUCGCACUCAAAGCUGGCAAAAAGUGAUUCGACUCGGGCUGCUGCCCCUUUUGAGUGUUGACCUUGGAAUUCGUUUUCCUUAAUUAAACGGCACAGGUCACGCCAUCGGUGCUUCAACCUCCGUAAAAGUAGCGAAAAGAUUUCUGUAGGGAAAUAGGCUGCGCACGUGGGAGGAGAUAAAAAUACGGAGCGCGAUUGGUACCGUGAUUGUUGGUACAGUAAAGUGAAGUGGAGUUCUGAUUAAUAUCAAGGUGUCGGCAAUGACGAUGAUUUUCUUACGCUUGAAUGAGGUAGUGACUCGCUCCAACACGAA